UGUCGGGAGCCACGUCUCUGCCGGCCGAGCGCUGCGCCGGGAUUGGCGUGCAGGCUGCGAUUCGGGGGCUGCUGGGAAGAUGGCGGACUCGGUGGGCCGCCGAUGAGGAGGCCGCGGGGGGAGCCCGGCUCUCGGGCCCCGAGACCGACUGAGGGAGCGACCUGCGCGGGGCCCGGGGAGUCAUGGUCUCCAUCACCCAACUCCAUGCUUCGAGUCCUGCUCUCUGCUCAGGCCUCCCCUGCUCGGCUGUCUGGCCUGCUGCUGAUCCCUCCAGUACAGCCCUGCUGUUUGGGGCCCAGCAAGUGGGGGGACCGGCCUCUUGGAGGAGGGCCCCGUGCAGGCCAUGUGCAAGGACUGCAGCGGCUUCUGGAACAGGCGAAGAGUCCUGGGGAGCUACUGCGCUGGCUGGGCCAGAACCCCACCAAGGUUCGCGCCCACCACUAUCCUGUGGCACUUCGUCGCCUGGGCCAGCUCUUGGGGUCUCAGCCUCGGCCCCCUCCUGUGGAGCAGGCCACACUGCAGGACUUGAGUCAGCUCAUCAUCCGAAACUGCCCCUCCUUUGACAUUCAUACCAUCCACGUGUGUCUGCACCUUGCAGUCUUACUUGGCUUUCCAUCAGAUGGACCUCUGGUGUGUGCCCUGGAGCAGGAGCGAAGGUUUCGUCUCCCUCCAAAGCCACCUCCCCCUCUGCAGCCUGUCCUCCGUGGUGGACAAAGGCUAGAAGCUGCUCUGAGCUGCCCCCGUUUCCUGCGGUAUCCGAGGCAGAAUCUGAUCAGCAGCCUGGCAGAGGCAAGGCCAGAAGAACUGACUCCUCAUGUGAUGGUCCUUCUGGCCCAGCAUCUCGCUCGGCAUCGGUUGCGGGAGCCCCAGCUUCUGGAAGCCAUUGCCCACUUCCUGGUGGUCCAGGAAGCCCAGCUCAGCAGCAAGGUGGGCUUGCCUCCCACCCUCCCAUGCUCCUCUGUGGUACAGAAGCUGGUCUUGCCCUUUGGGCGGCUGAACUACCUACCCCUGGAGCAGCAGUUUAUGCCCUGCCUUGAGAGGAUCCUGGCUCGGGAGGCAGGGGUGGCACCCCUGGCCACAGUCAACAUUUUGAUGUCACUGUGCCAGUUACGGUGCCUGCCCUUCAGAGCCCUGCACUUUGUCUUCUCCCCGGGUUUUAUCAACCACAUCAGUGGCACCCCUCACGCUCUGAUUGUUCGACGCUACCUCUCCCUGCUUGACGCGGCUGUGGAGCUGGAGCUCCCAGGAUACCGGGGCCCCCGCCUUCCCCGAAGGCAGCAAGUGCCCAUCUUUCCCCAGCCACUCAUCACCGACCGUGCCCGCUGCAAGUACAGUCACAAGGACAUAGUAGCUGAGGGGCUGCGCCAGCUGCUGGGGGAGGAGAAAUACCGCCAGGACCUGACUGUGCCUCCCGGCUACUGCACAGACUUCCUGCUGUGUGUCAGCAGCUCUGGUGCUGUGCUUCCUGUGAGGACCCAAGACCCCUUUCUACCUUACCCACCAAGGUCCUGUCCACAGGGACAGGCUGCCUCUAAUCCUACGACCCGUGACCCUGCCCAAAGGGUGGUGCUGAUGCUGCGUGAACGCUGGCAUUUCUGCCGUGAUGGCAGGGUGCUGCUGGGCUCCCGUGCCCUGAGGGAGCGGCACCUGGGCCUAAUGGGCUACCAGCUCCUGCCGCUGCCCUUUGAGGAACUGGAGUCACAGAGAGGCCUGCCCCAGCUCAAGAGCUACCUUAGGCAGAAGCUCCAGGCCUUAGGCCUCCGCUGGGGGCCUGAAGGAGGAUGAGGGGAUACACAUGGGGCUCAGGAUGGCCCCCCUAUGGGGGGUGGACAAUUUGCACUUUGGCUCCCUAUGUUUUGAUUUUUCAUUAAAGUCCCUUUCCUUCCC